CGGACUCGCGAGCGUCGUGUGGCGGUUCCUCCGAGAUUCCGACGCGUGUGUUACCUUAAGGUCCCCCAGGUGUGCGGGAACCCUGCGGAUCGAAAACGGGGUCGGUGUCCAGGGUGAGGGGUGGCAGGAGGAGGAGGAAGUACGGGAAAGCCGGAUUUUUAAUUUUUGCCCUUGUGGAGGAGACGUGCGUGUGGGCGACGUGUUCCGACGGGAAUCGCGGGAGGGAUAGUGGUGGGUGGAGGUGGGUAAUAUCCUAGGAUUCCCACCCUCCCCCUCUUUCGAACGUCAAGUGAUACGGUGUGGUGGGGGUUUGUGUCACAGGAGUAGGGCUAAGGUGGGGGCGGCUGAAAAUCAACAACAAUAAACGGAAAACUAGUGCAACAAUAAGACGGGCAGGCCUUACCAUUCGGGAGAGGGGAAAGGCUCCGGAAAAUCCAACGACGGUUCCAAUAGUGAAGUGAGGUGGAGUUUCGCUAAACCAACAGUUCAUCAACCCACGUGGAUGAAGCAUGUAGUUGCCACCCCGUUCCCAACGUUGCGUCUGCUAUGCACCACCGUCCAUCGUCCGAGGUGCACAUCCGAGACCACGACGACGAUCCACGGCCUCGAUUCGACGACCCAGCGACGGCGUUCCGUUCUCGUAUGGAUCCAUCCCCGAUCCCGUUGAAACGAACUCCAGCCACAGCAGCAUCAACCAACAGAUCAACAGCCAAUCAACAAGACACUUCAACGGCCACCAGAGCAACUGACAGAGGUCGAACCUCUAGCAGUGGCAGUUCUGGCAUGCGAGGAGAUCCCUCGGGUGUGGUCUCCGUCUCAACUGUCAGUAGCAGUACCAGCAACAACAGUCGAAGUUCAGAACAUCAACAAAACCAUCAACAGCAGCAGCAACAACAUCAGUCCCAUCAACGCCAUCAACAUCAACAGUACCAGCAUCACAGUCAUCAUCACAGCAGUCACAGCCGGAAGUUGAGUCCCGGAAGUGAGAGUGCCGUCAGUUCCUCCACCAAUCGACCACUUCCCGGUACUUCAGGGUCAUCAACGUCAACAUCGUCGUAUCAUCCCGGUUCGGUCAGUUUGGACCGGGCAGCGGCUCUCAUUCGACAAGGAACUGCUUCUUCAUCGACAGGAUCUUCGUCUGGAGCUUCGGCAUUACCGUGUGGAUUGAAAGAAUCCAGCAAGUGUCCCACCCCGGGCUGCGUAGGACUUGGUCACGUUACCGGACUCUACUCCCACCACCGGAGCCUUUCCGGAUGUCCACGGAGGGACAAAGUCUCAUCUGAAUUACUCGCCCUCCACGAAACCAUCCUCAAAUGCCCCACGCCGGGCUGUAACGGGCGGGGCCACGUCAGCGCCGGGCGCAACUCGCACCGCAGUCUCUCCGGCUGUCCGAAGGCGGCCGCCAGCAAGGCCGCGGCCCGCGAGCUCAAGUACCAGAAUGGGCUGCUGUUCCGGCAGAAGCUCCACUCGGCAGUUCUAAACUACCAACAACUCAGCGAGUACAGAUCGUCUCUGAUCAACCAACGCAGUCGUAGCAGUUCUCCCGAGUCCAAUCGGGACACCUACUCACCAAGGCUCCGGGAACCUGCCGACGAGCCGCAGAAUCUCAAAACUACCAACUCCGAGGAGCGGAAUCGGGAAGAUCCUGCUCCGAAGGAGUCUGAGGAGAAAACUGAAGCGCCAGUUCCGCCGGAAGAUUUCAAACCAGUGAUCAAAACCGAGAAACCGGACUUUGACAGUAAAGACACAAUGCUGGACAGCACCAGCUAUGACUACCGAUAUGGUGGCGGUCACCAGCAGCACCACCAGUCGGCGGUCCAGCACCAUCAGCAGUAUACGAAUACCGCCAUGGGCGGUUCCGGGUACGAUUUUGGAGGUUACUCCAGAUCCGGGUACGAUCCGGGAGCCUUCGAGCGGUACGAUCCGGCGUACGGCUCGCGGUACGGGUCUUACGGCUCCUCCGUCCAACCUCCUCUGAUGGAGGAAUACGGCGCGGUACCGGCAACCUCGUCCGCUUCUUCGGUGGUGGGGUUUCAACAGCCACCGGGCCAACCUUUGAGCCUUGGCCUAGCUACUACGGUGGUGGAUCCGACGCCCACGCCGGUGCUCAAGCUGGAACCGGACGAGAGUUCGUCGGCUGGUCCGAUAUGCCCCCGGCCGGUCUACCAACCGUACGACCAAGGGACGCCCAACCCCAGCAACAGCAGCAACAAUUCUGGUGGGAACCUGCUCCAGGAGCAGGUUCCGGCGCAACCCCCGGCAACCUCGGGUACGGUACCGGUUCCGUUUUCGGCAAUCAAUUUGAGUGUCAAGACUGGUACGGAUACGGAACUAGCGGAGGUGGAGGCGGAGGGUACUACACAGGGUAGAAGCUCCCCGGUGAGCGGUGAACGUGCCCCAGUUAUGGAUCUGUCCACCGGGAAUUUGCCGUCCUCCAGCGGGCAACCGAGCUCUCCGAGGAGUGCCAAGGAGCGGUUGGCCGCCAAACUUGCGAGUCCCCAGCGGCAGACGCUGGACCUGAGCGUCCGGCUGUCCAAUAGCACUGCCAGUCCCCUUGGGCGGGCUUCUUCCGGAUCUCCAGUUCCGCGGUCACCCCAGGCCGAACCAAUGGACUUUAGCGGACCGUCUCGGCCCGGUUACGGCUUCAUCGUGCCACCGUCCUCCAGCGCUGCCGGAACCGGAGCGCUCGGGUACAGCCGGGAGUCUACCCCGGACAGCAGCGCCUCGUCACACUACAUUUCCGACGGCUAUCGAGAUCAUAGUGGCUACCCAUCGGCCGGCUACGGAAUGGCCAUCGAGUAUGCGGCGGCGGCCAGUUCAGGCUAUCCGGGGUACGGUCCUCCCGGGGCGUACCAGUACGGGGCUCCGCCCCCGCCGCAUCCCCACCUGUACUCGUCCGGAGCGUACUCCAGCGGACACUACUCGAUGCCACCGCCCAGCCACAUACCCUCGCAGGAUCGGCUGCUGAAGGAUGGACUGGCCAGCUUGUCCCGCUCGUUCCACCACGUGGCCUCGCAGGAGCUCAAGUGUCCGACGCCGGGCUGCGAUGGCUCCGGGCAUGCCACCGGCAACUACUCGUCCCACCGGAGCCUGUCUGGGUGUCCGCGGGCCACCAAGCCCAAGAACAAACCCCGCGACGGAUCGGAGGCGGAACCGUUGAGGUGUCCCAUUCCGGGUUGUGACGGUUCCGGACACUCGACCGGGAAGUUCCUGUCCCAUCGGAGUGCUUCCGGGUGUCCAAUCGCUUGCAAGAACCGCCUUCGGGUGAUCGACUCCGGCGGUUCCAUGGGAGGAUUGAAGUACAGCAGUGAUUCUGGAUGUUCUACGCCGGGUUGUGACGUUCCAAUGGCUUCCAAAAAGAUCAAAUACUCGGACGAUGAAACGGACAAGUUAACCAAAGGCUACAAUGGCAUGAACGACCUCAUCACGUCCAACGACACCCAGGGCAGUGAGGCCAGCUCGAAUCACUCCGACAUGCCGCCCAACGGAGGAUACCUUCCGCAGCAUUCCUUCCAGCAGCAACACAACUCCCAACCAUCCUCUUCGUCCUCCUCAACCCGAAUCACCAACCAUCCCGGUCCCACAGCUCCCCCAGACCCGGUAAGCUCCGCCAACGGCGAAGACCUGCUCUCGCUGGAGGCGGAAAUCACCGAGCUUCAGCGCGAAAACGCCCGCGUCGAGUCCCAGAUGUUGCGCCUCAAGACCGACAUCAACGCGAUGGAGUCGCAGCUCGGGCAGGUCGUCGCGGAACGGCCCAAACCUGACGGUGCUACAGCAGGCCAUGACAACCACGUGAACGAGUACUACGAGAGCCUCCGGAACAACGUGAUUUCGAUUCUGAAAACGGACAACCCCUCCGAUCCUGGUAAUUCUGGCCACACUGCCGCCACUGGCAACUCUGACGUAAAGAGUGAUCAUCACCACGGCGCUGCCACUAACAACAACAACAGUGACAUUUGCAAAAAUCAGAACGGCGAAGGUCACUACGAUCAGUACUCUGGAGAGCAGACCACUUCCGAACAGAUGAGUCACCAGCAGCAGUACUACCAACAUCAGCAGCAACAGCAGUACGAUUUGGAACGGUCCCGGUAUUACGAAUCGCUGAAAUUGAACCCGGUGGCGGACUACGGAGCUCCGUUGACUGCUGCGCCAAUCUAAGAAGAAAACGAGGGCGAGUUUGGGUCAUUUAGUCGAAACAUUACUUUCUUUAAAAAAAUGCAUGCUUUUUGAAGCAUACAGCAUGAUUCGGUGAAACGGCCAUUUGGUGAAUUGACUUUUCGGUGAAAAUAAUCUCAACAAAAAGCCAAUUCCUUAAAAUGGCCUAUUCAUCGAGUACCAUUGUAACGUAAACAUUUGUAUACUCUUACACUGAAAAUAGUGCUACAGGAAAUUAGAUGAACACUACAAAUAAAAAAAAAACAAAUCGUAUAAAUGUGUAAACAGAAAAGUACAGAUUUUAAAACGUGACGCCGGAAUUGUUUUCGAAAAAACACGCAAAAACGUAAGACAUUCCACGUUCUACAUAUCAGUAGGAAGCAGCUGACUAUCUCCGUUUAUUUGAGUAAAUAUUUUAAUCGAAAGAUCGUAUUCUUGGUAACUUUGGAUGACUGAGCGGUCGCAGUUGCAGUCUGAAAUAAAUGAUGUUAUUUUUUGGUCAAAUGAGGUCACCUUUAAACGAGAGAAAUAAAAUCAAAUGAAA